UGAUCAUCCGGAAAGGGCAGUGGGCAAGCCUUCAUCUCGCCACCGCCAUCGACAUUUGCGAGACUCCGCUGUCAACGAUCCAAAUCAUAAAAUCUUUCUGCCACAAAAUGGCCGUUGACAAGAAGCGGAAACGGUCAGAAGGGCAUGGCAAGCGCGGCAAGGCGCCGGCGGUCAGCUCUAAACGUCAAAAGACCAGUGAAACGAAGCGGGUGACCAGUGUUGAUUCGCUGGCAUGGAAGCAGGUGGAGAUCCCAGAGAUGUUCGAUGAUGCCGAGGGAUUCUACGGUCUGGAAGAGGUGAAAGGUGUUGACGUUGUGCGGGAAGGCAAUACAGUCAAGUUUGUGGCUGCAACGACCGAGUCGGAUUCCGGCGAGGACUCAGAGUUCGAGGGGUUUGGGGACGUUGCUGCAGAAGGUGCAGAGCCACCACCUGCAUCUGCUGGGCUGGGCGUGCCUGCGGUUUCUGGAACGGGGUCUGAGCUUCUCGGGCCGGGCUCGGAGGGAAGGGCAGAGAGGAAAGAAAGGAAGGAGAAGGAGAAGGUGCCAGCCGCUGCUCAACCAGCGAAGGCUGACCCUGAACUUGAACCCAAUGUGUUUGCGCAAGCCACGGACAUUGCAGAGGUCGAGGCGGACACGGAAGGUGUCCCAAUGUCCGAAUGGGGCCCAAUCGGUCUCUCUUCGCAGAUGCUAACAGCGCUGGCCCGCCUCAAAUUCACCAAGCCAACAGCGAUUCAGUCCCAAGCCAUUCCCCACGUCCUCAACGGCCACGACCUCAUUGGAAAGGCAGCAACCGGUUCAGGGAAGACUCUAGCCUUCGGAAUUCCCAUCGUCGAGAACUGGCUGGCCGAUACACAGGCGGUCGGUAACCGGGCCGGAGGGAAAAGGCAACCCAUCGCCCUGAUCCUGUCGCCCACCCGAGAGCUUGCACACCAGAUCACGGAUCACCUCAAACAACUCUGCGCCGGACUCAGCACCUCGCCCUACAUCUGCUCGGUCACCGGCGGACUCGCCGUGCAGAAACAACAGCGACAACUUGAGAGAGCGGACAUCGUCAUUGGAACGCCUGGGCGGAUGUGGGAGGUCAUGAGCACAAGCGAUUCGGUGCUCUCGGCGCUCAGAGGUAUUCGCUUUCUGGUUGUGGACGAAGCUGACCGGCUUCUUCAAGACGGCCACUUUAAGGAAGCCGAAGAAAUCCUAAAAGCCCUCGACAGAUCUGCACCGGUAGACGAGGACCACGACAGCUCGGAGGACAGCUCAGUCCAGGCCACGGCGCCAGGCCACCACCGACAGACCCUGGUUUUCUCGGCCACGUUCAACAAAGCACUGCAACAGAAGCUAGCCGGGAAAGCCCGCUACAACCUCAUGGGUGAAGCCGAGUCCCUCGAAUACCUUCUCAAGCGCCUCAAUUUCCGCGAAGCCCAACCAAAGUUCCUAGACACCAACCCUGUCUCGCAAAUGGCCGAGAACCUCAAAGAAGGCCUGAUACAGUGCGGCGACCUAGAGAAAGACCUCUACCUUUACGCCGUCCUCCUCCUCCAACCUACCCGACGCGCCCUCGUCUUCACGAAUUCCAUUAAUACCGUCCGCCGCCUGACACCCUUCUUGCAAAACCUCAAUAUCCCUGCGUUUGCCCUACACUCCGACAUGGAGCAGAAAGCCCGACUGCGCUCGAUUGAACGCUUCAAAGCCGACAACCCGGACAAGCAAGCCUCGUCGGUGCUGAUCGCAACCGACGUCGCCGCCCGAGGUCUCGACAUCCCCAACAUCGACCUUGUCAUCCACUACCAUGUGCCGCGUUCCGCCGACGACUACGUUCAUCGCUCCGGCCGCACUGCGCGAGCCGCCAACUCGGGGGUGUCCAUCCUCCUGUGCGGACCAAAGGAGGCGGUACCCACGCAGCGGUUGAUUGCCAAAGUCCACGCCACCGCUGCCGCCCACACCUCCAGGUCAAAGUUGGCGAGCGCCGCGGUCGGCCUGCAGACAAUCGACAUCAACCGAAGGCUCGUGUCCCACCUCCGGCCACGGGUCGAGCUAUCCAAGAAGAUUACCGAGACGACGCUUGCGAAAGAGAAGGGGGCGAAAGAAGACACCUGGAUGAAGCAGGCCGCUGAGGAGCUCGGCGUCGAGUAUGAUCCCGACGAGCUGGAGCAGGCUGGCUCAUGGAAGGGACGGGGCAGCGGGAAAAAGCAAAGGGAGAAAGAGGCGAGGGCUGUGACCAAGGGCGAGGUGAAGCAGUGGCGGUGGGAAUUAAAGGAGCUGUUGAAUAGGAGGGUCAAUAACGGGGUGAGCGAGAAAUACCUUGCCGGAGUGGACGUCGAUGGGCUGUUGAGCGGUGCCAGGGGCAGUUUCUUGGGGGUGGUAGACGGGUUGGGAUUGUAGCUAAGUUGCUUCAACAGAGCAGGUGGUCGUCUCCGAGCCUCCUUCCGCUUUCUGUUGUCGUUCUUGCAGGUGCUUGUGAGGUAUCGGGGGAGCGGGGGUACCACCACUUUGAGGUACCACCACUUUGUUUGGCGUAAGGAGACGCAGAUCUACGGUAGACUGCAACGCCAACCAAGCAGGUCGCACACAGGCGAGACACGAAGACUCGACGCGGCUACCCGGCACAAAGACGCCAAGCGCCAAGUGAUUUACUGUGGUGGUCACGUCUUUUCCAUACCGUGCCUCCGCUCGGUCAAAAAGCGGAGAUAGACCUGGCCCUUGACUUGUAUGUGGAUGGGCCUCUGGUAUUCUGACCAGGGGGAGCAUGGACACACCAC